AUGGCACUAAGCAAAGAUACUUGUAACAACGUUGAUCCAAAAGAUUUGUCCGAAGAUACUCAAAGUCGUCGAUAUGAAUUAGGUUCAUCGGUACAAGCUUUUACCGAACAAGAAAAGAACUUGAAUAAUAAUAAGAAGCAACAAAAGAAGAAAAAAUGCCGCGGUAAUCGAAAACAACAACACCAACGGCGAAGACUACGCCGUCAACAACAAAAACAGUAUAAUACUUCUGAUCAUCAUAUGGACCAAAGUGUUUUAAUUGUGAUAGAUGAUAAUGACGAUGAUCCACAAGAAGAUGAACAACAACAACAGAUACGACAAGAUACACACAACAAUCAACAUAGACCCAGUUUACAAAAUAAGCGUAAACGGCAAGUAGCCAAUCAAGGUGAUAUUCAAGUCAGUAGAUCUUUUAGUCAAUUAUCUAUAUCACAACGAAAUCCAAAGAAGACAAAGUCGACAACAGUAAAUAGUUCAACAAACACCGAAGUACCAAAUCUAGUUAGUAAUGCUAAUGAAAGUCCACAACAACAAGAAGAUCAAAUACAGGGAAGCGACAAUGAUUCAUACUCAAAUAAGUUUGUGAAAAAAAUCAAACCAAGUUACUUGAAAGUUCCUGAUAAGAUAUUUAAACGCAUGUUAUCCAAUACAAUAGAAGAUGGCGAUAAAACUAUUCAGUGUUUGGAUACUAAUGAAAAGCUUCAGUUAGUUCGUGAAAUGACUGAAACGACAAAUAAUUUAUAUUAUUUCGAUUUACAACAUCAACUAUGGAAAGAUUAUUUUGAGCUUGGCAUGAAAGAAAAUCAAUGGGCACCACGAGUAUCGAAAUCUUUUGCAAAACAGCAUUAUACAUGCCGCUCGUAUGGUUUUCCUAAGCAUAUAGUUGAAGAACGUCUACAAACUAUUGGACUACAAUUUCAAAGUACAGUAAACGAAUUACAGCAAAAUUUAACACAAUUAGAACAAAAUGUUGAAAAGUGGCAGCCAUCCAUUCAUCCUACUAUUUUAUCCAAUGCUAUAAAUGAAUGUGUCAAAGAUGCACAACAACGAUUAAGACAACAAUUUGAUUAUAAAAGAAAAAUGUUAGCAUUAGAUUCCAGUGAUCGUAGUUUAAUUACAAAAUUUUAUGAAUUACAACCAAAUAAAGAACAGGUUUGUUUACUUAAACAUGAGAUAUAUACACUUUGA